CACUUUCCCAGUUGACGUAGAAAAUUUUAAGUCCGAAUAUGUGCUCGAUUUCGUUUGAUAAUUUAUCAGUUGCUGGAAAGGUGUCUCUCUAUAUUGCCAUUUAGUACCGUUUGUUUAUAAAUGCAGAAAAUACGCGAAGCCCUGGCGAAGUUCUUGUUUUGCAUUUAUCGGCUGGAGCGUAACUUUUAGCAAAAAUGUGAUAUGUUGCUGUCAACAAAUUUUCCCAGUUUAUUAAUACCAUAUAAAUAUUUCAUCUCCCCUUACAUAACCUUUCUCUUUUGCUCAAAAUGUAGUCAACGCUUUGCGUAGUAAAGUAUGUUGGCUUCUGCUAAGAAUAUUUUACAAUGGCAAAACGCCGAGAUUAUCGUGUUGGGAGAAUAGGAACACACAGAGCAGUAAGCAGCUUGGAAAAACGGGCUUAUAUCUCACUUACAAGCUCAGCAUAAAAUUUUUAAAGCCAGUUCGAGUGACAAUGGCGUCUGCAGAGAGUGGUGCGGAUGAAGAUGAGGAGCGGCGCAUCAUGUCGCUGCUUCUCGGUCCGGGCAAGAUGGAACGCGACCGGGGCGCUGUCGAGCUGCAGCGCCUGCUCAACUCCGGACCCGGGGACGGUGGGGCUGGGGGCGUGCACCUCCGCCUCGGCCCACAGCUGCUGGCCAGCGCGGGCUCACUGAUCCCCACCCCGGUCGCCUCCCCGUGCGAGGCUCGACUGGGCGCCCUGGUCGGUGCCAAGGUUCUCGUCCCCCACCUCCACCCAAAUGAGAAUCGGUGUGAGGCCGAGCUGGCAGAGGCGGCCCGGGAUGUGGCACUUCGGACACUCGAUGACCCAGAAACUAGGGUGCGGGUGGCAGCCGGUGAAGUUUUGGGAGCACUUUGUAGGCAGACAGGGGUACAGACGUUCCUGGAAAGCCGUGAGGUGCUGCUGGACAUGAUUAGGUCCAGCAUCGAACAGUCCCCGGUACCUCCCGACGAGGAGGAGGCACCACCCCCGCCGCCACCUCCGUCGUCCUCGAUGCUGCUCGGUGUUCCAGAUAAGAUGGGUCCACUGUCACGCAGGCGUGGGAGUGAGUUGGUGGGAUUACGUCCGCUGGACGGGGAACGCGGUGGAAGUGGCGCCGUGACGGUAGCGAGCCGCUUAGAGACAACGUUGCGCUGUCUCCGUAGCAUGGCGGACGGCUGCGGCACAGCCCUGCAGCCACACGUAGAUCGGGAACUGCUGUUGGUGGUGAUAUCUGUGCUGGCUCACCGUGACCGCUACGUCAGGGAAGCAGGAUUUGCGGCAUGUGCAGCAAUAAUGUCCUCUUGUAUAUGGGAUGGUGAAUCAGAAUUUGAGCGGGAGGACAUGAACCCUGUGUUUGCAGUGGGGCACGAGCUGUGUGGGCACCUGGCAAAGGGUCUGGAGGACACGUGGAGUCAGGUGCGGCUUGCAGCAUGUGUAGCUGUGCGGAAAUUUUUCCUGGCUCUGCCGGAGAAGUCUCGCAAUGCCUUCUAUCCCCAGCUGCUGCCUAGGAUGUGCCUCAACAGGUACUACAUGGUAGCAGAAGGUGUGAGACUGUAUUCGCAAGAAACAUGGCGCCAGGUAGCAGGAGCGGCAGGGGUGGAGUUGGUGGAGUCGCACUUGGAGGCGGCGGUCGCGUACUACGAAAAGGUGGCGCUGGACGCAGACGGCGACGCUGCGGCCCGGGAGGCUUCCUGCUCAUGCUUCGGGGAGGUGGCGGCCAAACUGUCCCACUGCGUGGUGCGGCCACACACAGGCCGCAUGCUCAAGGUGCUGCUAACCUGCUUCAGGGAUGACUGCUGGCCAGUCAGGGACGCUGCUUGCAUGGCAUGUGGCAGUUUGGUAUCCUGCUUUCCAGAUGAGAGUCGCAGUUCUCUGCCGGAGAUGUUGCCACUCUUCCAACGCAGCUUACAAGACUCUGUUGCAACGGUGCGGCAGGGGGCGGCAGCGGCCUUGGCGUGUGUGGUGCGCUCCCUGGGCUCGGAUGCACUGGCGGCCGCCAUCCAUCUGCUGGAGGAGGGCCUGGCCGGUGUGCAGCAGCAGCCUGCCACGGGGGCGGGGGCGGGAGUGGGCAUGGCACUCGAGAGCACUGGCGACAAUCGACCCCUCAGGCAGAUAUUUAUGUCUGCAUCUUACACUCAGCGCAUUGGCCGAAGUGCUUCCACAACGGGCUGGUCAGAUAAUCCUUUCAACAAGCCAACCCUGCCAUGGCACUUUGCUGAUGGGUGCAUCCACCUCCUCACAGAGCUGGCGCAGGUAGCAGAAUGUGUGUCUACCGUCAUCGCUGCCGUGCCGUUGGCUGCUGAGGCGUGCCAGUACCGCCACUACGAAAGCCACGUGUGCUUACUGGAAACUGUGUGUAAGCAGCUCCCACUGCUGGCAAAAGCUCUUGGCAAGAAGAGUUUCAAGGCACUACUGCCUGACUUCCUGGAGCCUGUCUUCUAUGCCCUGGAGUGUGAGAAUUCCCUAACUUCAAGUGCAUCGAGCCAGUGCCUGAACCAGCUGGGAUCGAUUCUGGGCCCGAAUGUCCUACGUGCUAUGGUACAGCAACUGAAUCCCAGGUUUCUGCAACAUCUAGAUGCCAAUGUAUACAUUGCUCCGUUUUAAGGCGGCAACAGACACGCUCGUUCCGCACUGACCUCUUUCUGUCCUAUCUUCUGUGAUAUGUUGUGCUGUUGGUGUGCUGGUGCACACAGCCUCAGGUUUCCUGUGUCAACCGUGAUGUAGUUACCUGUCUCAGAAUUAUAGUAUUGGUGUUUUUCUAGUCAUUAUUAAUGUGUGUGACAGUAUGAAAUAAGCUUUUAUGAAAACAAGUGUUUUUCUUAUAGUUGGUAAAUCUUAUUGU